UUUCUUUUUCACCUGGCAAAUGUGUAGUUGUCUAGGGAAAUAUUUGCAUGUUAUCUACAACCAGUUGCUUGAGAUCUUGGAGCCCUACCAGGUUCUUCUGUGUGGCAGCUCAGAAUGAUGGAUCAAGCUAGAUCAGCAUUCUCUAACUUGUUUGGUGGCGAACCAUUGUCAUACACCCGGUUUAGUCUGGCUCGGCAAGUAGAUGGUGAUAACAGUCAUGUGGAGAUGAAACUAGCUGUAGAUGAGGAAGAAAAUGCUGACAAUAACAUGAGGGCCAAUGUCACAAAACCAAAAAGGCUUAAUAGAAGUAUUUGCUGUGGGACUAUUGCUGUAAUCAUCUUCUUCUUGAUUGGAUUUAUGAUUGGCUAUUUGGGCUACUAUAAACGUGCAGAACCAAAAGCUGAGUGUGAGACACCGUCAGUAACAGAGUCUCUAGAGAUGGAGGAGUCAAAAGAGGACUUUCCUGAAAUACCUUCUCAAUUAUAUUGGGCAGACCUCAAAACAAUGUUGUCAGAGAAAUUGAAUACCACUGAUUUCACCAGCAUCAUCAAGCAGCUGAAUGAAAAUUCUUAUGUCCCACGUGAGGCUGGAUCUCAGAAAGAUGAAAGUGUCGCAUUUCUUGUUGAAAAUCAAUUCCGUGAAUUUAAACUCAGCAAAGUCUGGCGUGAUGAACAUUUUGUUAAGAUUCAGGUUAAAGGGAGUGCUCAAAACUUGGUGACUGUAGUGGAUAUGAACAAUGACACAGUAUCCUUGGUGGAAAGUCCUGAGGGUUACGUGGCAUAUAGUAAGGCUACGACAGUUACUGGUAAACUGGUCCAUGCUAAUUUUGGCACUAAAAAAGACUUCGAGGAUUUAAACUCUUCUGUGAAUGGAUCUUUAGUGAUUGUUAGAGCAGGGAAAAUCACUUUUGCAGAAAAGGUUGCAAAUGCUGAAAGCUUAAAUGCAAUUGGUGUCUUGAUAUACAUGGAUUUGGCCAAGUUUCCCAUUUUUAAGGCAGAGCUUCCAUUCUUUGGACACGCUCAUCUGGGAACAGGUGACCCUUAUACACCUGGAUUCCCUUCUUUCAAUCACACUCAGUUUCCACCUUCUCAGUCAUCAGGAUUGCCUAAUAUACCUGUCCAAACAAUUUCCAGAGCUGGAGCAGAAAAGUUGUUUGCAAAUAUGGAAGAUGACUGUCCUUCUAGGUGGGGUACAGACUCUUCAUGUAAGCUAUCCUUACAAAAUAAGAAAGUGAAGCUCACUGUGAACAAUGUGCUCAAAGAGACAAGAAUUCUUAACGUCUUUGGAGUUAUUAAAGGCUUUGAAGAACCAGAUCGCUAUAUUGUAGUAGGGGCCCAGAGAGAUGCCUGGGGUCCUGGAGCUGCAAAAUCCAGUGUAGGAACAGCUCUUCUAUUGAAACUUGCCAGGAUAUUCUCUGAUAUGGUUUUAAAAGAUGGGUUUAAACCCAGCAGAAGCAUUAUCUUUGCCAGCUGGAGUGCUGGAGACUUUGGAGCUGUUGGUGCCACUGAAUGGCUAGAGGGAUACCUUUCCUCCUUGCAUUUAAAGGCUUUCACUUACAUUAAUCUGGAUAAAGCAGUUCUUGGUACCAGGAACUUCAAGGUUUCUGCCAGCCCACUGUUGUAUACGCUAAUUGAGAAAACGAUGCAAGAUGUGAAACAUCCAGUUACUGGGCGGUCUCUAUAUCAGGACAGCAACUGGGUCAACAAAGUUGAGAAACUUUCUUUUGAUAAUGCUGCUUUCCCUUUCCUUGCAUAUUCUGGAAUCCCAGCAGUUUCUUUCUGUUUUUCUGAGGACACAGGUUAUCCUUAUUUGGAUACUACCAUGGAUACCUAUGAGGUACUGAUUCAGCAAAUUCCUCAGUUGAAUAAAAUGGCACGUGCAGCAGCAGAAGUGGCUGGUCAGUUCAUGAUUAAACUUACCCAUGAUGUUGAAUUGAAUCUGGACUAUGAGAUGUAUAACAACAAAAUACUUUCAUUUGUGAGGGAUUUGAACCAAUUCAGAGCAGACAUAAAGGAGAUGGGCUUGAAUCUACAGUGGCUAUAUUCUGCUCGUGGAGACUUUUUUCGAGCUACUUCCAGGCUAACAACAGAUUUCAAGAAUGCUGAGAAAACAAACAGAUUCGUCAUGAGGGAAAUUAAUGAUCGUAUCAUGAAAGUGGAAUAUCACUUCCUCUCACCCUAUGUAUCGCCAAGAGAUUUUCCUUUCCGGCAUAUCUUCUGGGGCUCUGGCUCUCACACUUUGUCAGCUUUACUAGAGAACUUGAAGCUGCGUCAGAAAAAUAACAGUGCUUUUAAUGCUACACUGUUGAGAAACCAAUUGGCUCUAGCUACUUGGACUAUUCAGGGGGCUGCAAAUGCCCUCUCUGGUGACAUUUGGGACAUUGACAAUGAGUUUUAAAUGUGAUACCCAUAACUUACAUAAGAAUAGCAGGGUAGUCUGGUUUCUAGACUUGUGCUGGUUGUGCUAAAUUUUCAGUAGGGCUACAAAACCUAAUGUUAAAAUUCUUCCCAGUCAUUUUGGUACUACUAGAUGUCUUUAGGCAGCAGCUUUUAAUAUAUGGUAGGUAUCUAAACUUAAAGUGAAUAAUCACUUAAAAAAAAUGUUCAUAAUAGAAUAUUUUCUUUGAUUAUCUCUAGAAUUUUAAGUGCUUUGUAAUGGUAACUGCCUCUUCCCUGUUAUAGUUAUGAAACUGUCAGAACCAGAUACAUGAACCAUUGCUCUCAAUCCUAAGGACAUGAACUGGUAUCUUUUGAGGUGAGAGGAAGAAGGUGGUUCUACUGAGGGUUAAAAGUGGUAGGUUAGUGUGAUCUUCCUCCAUCUUCAUUUGAUGCUAAAUAGGAGAUACUAGGUUGUAAGAUGUUAUUCUCUAAAUGAGAUAUAUGUCUUUCCAUACGGAUUUAUCUGGUUUCUGCAUCCCUGAAUGAAACAGUUAACUUUCAGAAGAGAUGGGACUUGUUUUCUUGCCAAUGAAGUCUGAAAUAGAGGUCCUUCAGCUGGCUAUAAUGAGGUUCGACUGUUUAUUGCAGGAGUCAGGCCUUAAUGUGUUAACCUCAAUGUUAUGAAAAGAGGAGACCAGAAGCCAAAGACUUAGUAUAUUUUCUUUUCCUCUGUCCUCUGCCCCAUAGUCCUUUGUUUAGUUCUUUGUUGUUUUUAUUUUUUCCAAAGUAUUUUGAAAGAGAGCCAGUUUCAGGUGUUUAAAUUUCAGACUCAGUUUGUCAGACUUAAAGAACACACUGCCAAAGUUUGGCUGAAGUGUUAAUCUUUUGGGAAAGCUUUCUGUCAUUUUGGCACUGAGAUAUUUAUUGUUUAUUUAUCAGUGACAGAGUUCACUAUAAAUGGUGUUUUUUUUUUAUAGAAGAUAAUUAUCGGAAGCAGUGCCUUCCAUAAUUAUGACAGUUAUACUGUCGUUUUUUAAAAAUAAAAGCAGCAUCUGCUAAUAAAACCCAACAGAUACUGGAAGUUUUGCAUUUGUGGUCAACAUUUGAGGGUUUUAGAAAAUAGCCGCAAGCCGAAUAAAAUUAUAAAGCCAAGUAUUAGAGAAAAAUUCAAUUAUUAGUUGCUCAUUAGACUUCUAUUUAGCUGACCAGAUAAAAAUGAUAGUUCUCCCAAAUGUAAUGAAUUGUGACUAAGUUAUAAAUAAAUGUCACUUAAAGGCUGUGGUAGUACUCAUAUAUGCAAGAUUUUACAGCUUAGUUUAUCCAAGGUGUAACUUUAAUUCCAAUUUUGCAAAAUUUCCAGUACCUUUGUCACAAACCUAACACAUUAUCGGGAGCAGUGUCUUCCAUAAUGUAUAAAGAACAAGGUAGUUUUUGCCUACCACAGUGUCUAUAUCGGAGACAGUGAUCUCCAUAUGUUACACUAAGGGUGUACGUAAUUAUCGGGAACAGUGUUUCCCAUAAUUUUCUUCAUGCAAUGAUAUCUUCAAAGCUUGAAGAUAGUUAGUAUCUAACAUGUAUUCCCAACUCCCUAUAAUUAUCUAUCUUUUAGUUGCAGAAACAUUUUGUGGUCAUUAAGCAUUUGAUGGGUAAAUUCAACCACUGUAAAAUAAAAUUACUUUCUUCAAGAUUCUUAAAAAAAAAAAAAAAAAAAAAAAAACUUUAUGUGAGUGUUUUGUUAUCUUUGUAUCUCCGGGUCUUCUGUUCGUGGGAAAGUAGCAUACAUUUAUAACGUUUGCUGUUGACAAAUGAAUUUAACUUUAUCCCCUUAUUUGCCUGUUAUCUCCUAUAAAUUUAGUUCAGACAAGUUUGAAUCCAGAAUUGACCUUUUGGCUUAAAGCAGGGGGAAGUUGUAUAGGAGGUUUGGGGGGAGCCGGGAGUAAAGCAGGUAAGAAGGCAAAGCUUGCAAAAGGAUCUUUGAUCAUGUCUAUCUACCCAUUAAUAUAUUUUAGUGGUUAUAAGUUAAACAUAGAUAUGAACAAAUAAGUUUGAGGCUACAUGAGUAAAGAUUUUAAUUUCUAAUUAGCCAUUGUUAUAAAUCUGAUAAAUCACCUGUCACAGGACAGCUCAGAAUUGCCACCUAAGAAAAAAAUCUAUAGGGUUUCUUAAGAUUCUUAAACUUAAUGUCAACUUACUUAAGACGUAGACCUAGAUUAUUUUAGGCUCACUGAAUUGUUUUGUUACUCAGUCUCUUUAAUCUUCACAGUGUUUUUAUCUUGGACUGAUAUUUAGUGUAGCUAAGUGAAAAGGUCAUAGCUGGGAUUCCUGGGUUGAGUAUCAUGCACACAUACUUUAGUGAAAGUUCAGUGACUUCAAAGCAUACUGUGAAUAAAGGGCAUACAUUUUAUAGCAGUAAAUCUGUUCAAAAAACCCUUUUCUAUGGUUAGGGUUAUUUCCAAUCAAACAAGUCAGUCCAUGGUAAGAGGCUUACUAUUCCUGAAUGAAAUGUAUAUCUGACUGGUGACAACUUGCUAGUCUUCAGAUUUUUUUCUGGUUAAAUAUCAUGUACAUUUUGGAGGUAAAGAAUAAAAUGAGUGAGCUCUGUCAUGAUUCACUUUUCUAGAGUUUGCAUGACCUUUACUGUGUUUGCUCUUUGAAUGUUCUUGAAAUUUUAGACUUACCAACCUACUACGCAGCUAUAUCUUUGUGAACAAGUGAUAUGCCCCUAAAAUUGUAUACAAGCUGGUAUGUGCAACAAUAUGGAGAUUCUUCAUCUGACUUAAUAAAAUGCUUGAACACUGA